AUGGAGAUCCUACAGACCGAAGAUAGAGGUGGCGAAGUGAUAAUAGAUAAAUAUUAUGACGGAAUUCGGUUUCCUGCAAACAUCCCUGGGAAUGUGAAAGACCAGUUGGUGUCAGUAAAGAACCUGAAACACACGAAAGGUGAUGUCUUUCUCGACACCUUCCCUAAAACAGGAACACAUUGGGCAUAUGAAAUUUUGUAUAUGUUACAAACUGGGAAAGCAGAAUAUAGUUCUGACCCCUUUAUGUGCUUAGAAUUCCAAGCAACUGACAGACUGGAUGCCUUCGAAGGUCCUAGGGUUUUAAAGAGCCAUUUAUAUCCGCAACACAUUCCGAAGUUCGUGGAAGACGGGAAAUGUAAAGUUGUUUACAUCUAUCGUAACCCAAAGGAUACAGCGGUAUCAUUGUACUCUUUUAUCAAGCGUGUUAACGUAAAUGGCCUCAAAGGGUACAACGGCACAUGGGAACAUUUCUUCGAAAUAUUCGCCACAAAACCAAUGCACUACAACAGCUGGUUUGAACACGUGAAAGCGUGGCUGGAUUUUAAAAAGGAAAAUGCAGAAAUACCAAUCCUGAUGGUGUCAUACGAGGACAUGAAAAAGGACUUAAGGAGCUGUGUUAAAAAGAUGGCAGAACAUUUGGAUGUGAAACGAAAUCCAGAAUUCCUUGAUGAGGUAGCGAAUAAAUGUCAGUUUAAUGUCAUGUCAAAGGCACAGAGGUCAAAUGUCAAAGAAACGACGCUCAGCAAAGAUGGUAGCAACCCAUUCUAUAGGAAAGGUGGCGUUGGUGAUUGGAAGAACUGGCUAACUGUGGCACAGAACGAGAUGUAUGAUGCAAUGCUACAGGAAAAAAUGGCUGACAUUGAUCUAGAAAUCAAGUACACAUUAUGA